AAUGAGUGCUACGUCCACUAAGAUCAACUGUAACACACACACCUACUUUCUAAGAAAAUUAUUCAAAAUGGUAUCACUUUCAUUUUCAACAGGACAUAUAGUUUCUCUUUAGUUUUCUCAUGAAGCCAAAAUCUGUGUUCAAAAUAUAAAUUUAAGGAAACUGAGGUUGUUGUUUCUCUUUCUACCACUAUAACUAAUAACUGUUGGAUAAAUUGCUAAAACAAAUACCACUUAACACAAGUAUUACACAACAUGAAACAAAAAGAUGCCAACCAACAUUGACAUGGACUUGUAUGGAAAUACUCCUCAUAGCUCUGACCACAUGCUACCUUCUGAUAUCUAUUGUAUGGUACCAUCUCCUACUACUUUCAGUCCAAACUCUCCACAUAUGUAUGAACAGGAAAAAGACGACCUGUCUCUACUCCCUCAACUUGAAAUUCAAAAUUUACCGACAACUGGAAACCAAACUCAGAAUUCAGUCAACAUGGAAGAAUUUGAUCUGAAGCCUCAUUUUGAAAACAAUGCUGAUAGCUUCAUUGUGAAACCCAGAUUUGAAGUUGUACCAAAUUCCCCUGCUUCACAAUUUACAACAGACACCAUAUGGAAUGAUGGCAAAGACUUUCACGAAUUCUUGCAAAUGGAAAAGACUGACUCUGGGCCAACUUUAGCAGAACUGAAUUUUGGUGACUACCACAUUGAUGAUUUUACAUGUGAUGAAAUCUCUUAUGUUACCAGUAAUAAUGAAAUUGUCCCUAGUAAUGGCACUGCUAAUGUUGGUACUGCUAACAACAGUAAUGCCACUACCACUAAUACUGGUAAUAAUAUCACUUCUACUGUCCACUCAAGGAUGAAGAAUUUGCAGUCUGAUUUCUUAGCUACCCCCAUAUCAAAGAAUAACCGUUCCGAACUGCAAACGUCCACUACACUUCAACAGAACUGGGAUGAAAAUCCUGCACCUCCUACUCUUGGAGGAAUGAGAGUUCAGGCGUCUUUUAAUGCUUCUUCCACAAAAUCUUCUCAGAUAUUCAAACCACUCAAACAAAACCACAUGGCACCAUCAUGUACCAUUACCUGUGAUACAGAUAGCAAUAAGAGCAAAGCAGCUCUCAAAUUGUUUGAUGGCAAUGGCUCUGUACCAAACAAGCUUUUAAAAUAUGAGGACUUUUCUACUGGAGAUUGCAGUCAUAAACCAGUGGACAGUGACAUAGAUGUCUCUUCUUCAAAUGUUCAUUUACAACAGUUACUUUGCAGCAACCAACCAUCACUGCAACCUGAAUCUGAAAUGUCAAUGCAAGCCCACAAAUCCCAGCCAAUCACUUCACAUUUUCCACCGUCAGUUCAGACACAGCCCCAACAGAUGGCUUCAUUGUCAUGUCAGACAGUACCACAGGCCCCCCUGAAAACCCAGCAGAGUAGUGUGACACCAGUUGAGACAGUCUCUAGCUGUGAUAUGACAAUCUCUCGAAAUGAUACAACUUCUCACUCAGAAACCAUGGAUGAGAAAUGGGAACAGAUUAAAAAGCUUUUACACAAAGAAGAUUCCCCUAAAAGUAUAAAGAGGGAGCGCAUAAGUUCAACCAGCAGUUUUACAGCCUCCAAUGAUGAUCAUGACUCCAAUGAUGGUGAUAUGUCAGAUGAUUCCUCUGAUUAUGAAAUUGAGGAUUAUAUAUCUGAUCCAGAAUCUGCUCAUAGCCCCUCAAGUAAAGAAACACUAUCAUCUACAGUCAAACGGAGAGAAAAACAAUACUUUUGGCAAUAUAAUGUCCAGUCCAAAGGACCAAAGGGACAGAAGAUGCGACUGUUACCUGAGGAACAAGACCCACAUGUUUUAAAUACAUUUGAAGAUCCAGUGUUUGAGCUUGGCACUACAUCUAAAUUAGGUUUGCGACAUAGCGGCAAGGCUCGCCGUGGAGAUGGCAAUGAUAUUUCUCCUAACCCAAGAAAACUUCAUUUAAUUGGACAGCAAUUGAAAAAAUUGAACCAUGACAUAAAUGAGUUUGUACCAACAAGUGAUCUGCCAGCCAGUGUUAGGAACAGGACAAGGAAGGAGAAAAACAAGCUUGCUUCAAGGGCUUGUCGCUUAAAAAAGAAAGCACAGCAUGAAGCUAAUAAAGUGAAAUUGUAUGGCCUUGAACAGGAACACCGUCAGUUGAUGACUGUAAUUGAACAUAUCAAGCAAAAGAUGUUGGCUGCUCUUCUAUCUAAGAAAACAAUAAAAUGUGAAGAGAAAGGACAAAGAACAAGUGAUGAACAAUCCAAAUAUUUGAAUGAACUCAUCAAAAGACAUUUAAGUAAGUAAGGAAAGGAAUUUUGAUUGAGACCUUUAUCUUGUUUUUCAUUAUCAUUACUUUGGUAAGGGUGAUUAGAACAUUCAGUUUCAUACCAGUUAGUAACAAGUUCGUAGUCUACAAGACUCAGAUUUAAAACACUUAAACAUUUGAAUGUGACAUUUGUAGUUUGUUUGGCAGGGUUUUCUUUUGGGGUGGGUGAGCUUCAUGUUUGUGUAGCACUCCUAGUGUUACACACUAGUGAAUAGUCACUAAGUUAUUGAAGUAACCUCAAAAUAGAUGUUGAUUAAUUCUUUAACAUUUAAACCAGCCACAUCUGGCCCAAAUAUUCUUUACUACUCUAGGCACAAGGCCUGAAGGUUUUGGAGAGGGGGCCAGUCAAUUAGAUCAACCCCAGUACACAACAGGUACUUAAUUUAUCAACCCUGAAAGGAUGGAAGGUAAAGUUGACCUCAGCGGAAUUUGAACUCAGAAUGUAAAGGCAGAUGAAAUACUCCUAAGCAUUUCGCCCGGCGAGCUAAUAUUUCUGCCAGCUCGCUACCUUCUGACCCAAAUAUCCUAGCUGUUUUAUGGUUCAAACUGGUCAGAUCUGGCCUCUCCUACCUACCCUACAAUGUCAGUCAAAAAUAAAUAUAUAAUCACAUCAUCAAAAUCUCAAAGCCAUGAGAAAAUGCAUGAUUAAUUUGAAACAAUGAAUAAAUAAGUUUUACAUUUGACAGAGCAAUCUGAAUGCUAAAGGAUUAAAGAGAUAGUAACAACAAAAGUAGAUUGGUUAAAAUUGCAAGUACAUUAAACACAUUGUGUCUCUUUGAUUCAGAAAUACCCAAUUUUGGGGGUGCUUUG